CCAGAAACAAAAAGACCAAAAAAAAAAGUUUUCGAAAAUAAAAAAACGAUUUUACAUAUAUAUUUUUUCCUCCUCUCCUCAUCAAAUCAAAAACCAAGAUAGAUCAGAGAGGCUCGAAGCGUGAUUCAAUCUCGUUUCUGAAUCGAGAUUUCGUAUUUCUUCUCCGAGAUUGAAAGAGAAAAUUGGUAGGGAAUCCGAUGGAGAAUCGAUUCUAAUACCUAACGGAUGUGCAGCAGCAAUCGAACAAUCAGAUUCGCCGCCAUGGAUUCCGGUUCGGUAAACUCCUCCUCCGUCACCAGCCCAGGCUCCAGCCUUAACGACGAGCCGCACCGAGUGAAGUUCCUCUGCAGCUUCCUAGGCAGCAUACUGCCCCGUCCCCAGGACGGGAGGCUGAGGUACGUGGGAGGGGAGACGAGGAUCGUGAGCGUCUCUCGAGACGUUCGGUACGAGGAGCUGAUGAGCAGGAUGAGGGAGCUUUACGAGGACGCGGCGGUUUUAAAGUACCAGCAGCCUGACGAGGAUCUCGACGCGCUGGUCUCGGUUGUGAACGAUGACGACGUGACGAAUAUGAUGGAGGAGUAUGAUAAGUUAGGAUCCGGAGGGGACGGGUUCACUAGGCUUAGGAUCUUUCUGUUUUCGUCGUUGUCUCUGGAGAUGGAUGGUGGUGGUGGUGCUUCCGGGUAUGAUGAUCAGAGGAGAUAUGUUGAUGCGCUUAAUAAUUUGGUUGAGGGGACGGAUUUUAGGAAAGUGAUGCAGUAUCCUGACUCGCCUCGGUUCAAUUUAAAUGACGUUGAACCGGUUUUUAAUCAGCUGGCUAUUGAGAGUGGGAGUCAGAGGGGUGGAAAUGAGAUACCUGUUGCGCAGUAUAACAACCUUCACCAGCUGAGGAUCCCACGUGUGGGUUCGGGGCAGAUGAUUGCGUCUAGGUAUGGUGGUGACGUGGAAGGUACGUGGAGUCCUUACUAUUCUCCUCGGCAUCAUGGUCAUUUUCAGGAGUUCCCGUCUUCGCCUUCCUCUGCUCGUUACCGGAUGCCGUAUGGGGAAGUUCCUGAGGAUUACGCGAGGGUAGGUCAUCAUCCUUUGUAUGAACAGCACCAGGGACAGGUUGUUCCUGAUAACGUGGUGUGGGUCCCGGCUGGGGCCACGCAGCUUGAGAGUAAAGGAGGUUUUCCUGGGAACGUGCUUCACGGUGGUGGUCCAAGUGGUGGGUAUGAAGGUGGUGGUGGUAAUAUAUGCGAGAGCUGUCGUGUGCCGUUUCAUAAGAACCAUCAGCCGUUUGAGCAGUCUAAUGGGUUUCAGCCGGCUCCUUCUGCUCAUUGUGCGCAGUGUCCACCCAACAGGGAGCCUUUUAUGCUUAACGCGGAUCCGAAGCCUCCUACUCCUCAAGGGGGUUAUGCGAAUGAGACUUUCGGGCAUGAAAGAGGAUGGAUAGUUCAACAACAGGUGAAUCCUAAUCCUAAUCCUCCACGUAUUGAUGAUGGGAGGCCACUUUUAUCUAAUGUUGGAAGACCAAGUGAUCAUUACACUCUUGAUGGUCCUGGGAUGAAUUAUCCUUUUGGCCACCGACCAGGACCUGAAAUUUCCAAUGAAGGGUUUCAUGAUAAACCUCUUGGUGGUGGCAUUCCUUUGAACCCGUCCAACCCUGAGGAACGUGGGUUUCACUACGGGAAUAAUCUGUAUGCUCCAGGACCUGAAAGUAUUCACUCAGCAAGUCAUAGCCACGUCUACCCGCAGCAAAAUAUAUGGCAGAACGUUCCAAACCAUAUAACUGGUGCUCCAGGCUUGCCUAUUCAGCAAGUCAAUGGCACAGCUAAUCAAGCUGUUAUCAGGAAUCCGAUAGACAGUGCUUCUAGAUAUUCUAUUGGAGUGGAGAAUCAAAGUGUUUUAGUCGGUUCUCCGCAGAACAUUUCAGGCUUUGAUGCCAUAUCUUCUCCUGGCCAGCCUUACUACCCCAAUCCCCAUUUUCAAGAUAGAGCCUUCCCUUUAGACCCAAAUUGGGUGCCAUCUGAGAACCAGGCUGUUCGUAGCGAAUAUCUACAGGGGAUUAAGCCUUUAUCAGGGCCCAUGUUACAGACAAACCUCGAUGCUGCACCAAUUAUGCAGACACCAGAUUGUGUUGAAGUGGUGAGGCCCGUGGAAAGCAAGGUUGCUCAGGGAAGUGAACACAUCAACUAUGUUGAUACUGGUGUCACAGAUGGUGUUCAUUGCCUAGAUAAACAUCAACCCUUAGCUGAAGGAAAGAAUGAUGUGGUAGAAGUUAGUCCUUCUGCUGCUGCUGCUCCUCCUUCUGAAGGGGCGGAGCUAUCAGUCGAGCGUUUGAGUUUCUUGCCCGAGUUAAUGGAAUCUGUGAAGAGGGCGGCACUUGAAGGAGCUGCUGAGGUGAAAGCUCAUCCAGAAGAAGCCAACGAUCAUGCGAGGCAGGAAUUGGUGGAAAACGAAUCAGAGCAUGUGAAUGCUCAAGUCGAACAUGAGGAUUCUGAUAGCGACAAUCCAAACAAUUUUAAGAUUGAGCCAACAAAGGCGGAGGCGGAAGCUCUAUCUAGGGGACUUCAGACUAUAAGAAACGAUGAUCUGGAGGAGAUCCGAGAGUUAGGUUCUGGAACAUAUGGAUCUGUUUACCAUGGCAAAUGGAAAGGCUCAGAUGUUGCAAUAAAGAGAAUCAAAGCAAGUUGUUUUGCAGGCAAACCUUCUGAAAGGGAACGUUUGAUAGAAGAUUUUUGGAAAGAAGCUCUGUUACUGAGCUCAUUGCAUCACCCGAACGUUGUGUCUUUCUAUGGGAUAGUUCGUGAUGGUCCUGAUGGUUCUCUAGCAACUGUCGCUGAGUUCAUGGUUAACGGAUCUUUGAAACAGUUCUUGCAGAAGAAAGACAGAACUAUUGAUCGUCGCAAAAGACUCAUCAUAGCCAUGGAUACUGCUUUUGGGAUGGAGUAUUUGCACGGAAAAAACAUAGUUCAUUUCGAUUUGAAGUGCGAGAAUCUUCUUGUGAACAUGAGAGAUCCUCAGCGUCCUGUGUGCAAGAUCGGUGAUUUGGGUUUAUCUAAGGUGAAACAGAAGACUUUAGUGUCAGGAGGUGUUCGCGGGACAUUGCCAUGGAUGGCACCAGAGCUCUUGAGUGGCAAAAGCAACAUGGUUUCUGAAAAGAUCGAUGUUUACUCGUUUGGGAUUGUAAUGUGGGAAUUGCUCACUGGUGAAGAGCCUUACGCAGAUAUGCACUGUGCUUCUAUAAUAGGAGGUAUAGUGAAUAAUACAUUGCGUCCGAAAAUCCCACAGUGGUGUGAUCCAGAGUGGAAAGGAUUGAUGGAAAGUUGUUGGGCAUCUGAGCCAACAGAGAGACCAUCCUUUGCUGAUAUAUCACAGAAGCUCAGGAAUAUGGCUGCUGCUAUGAAUCUGAAAUAAAAUAAAAUAAAAAGAAGAAUAAAGAUGAUUGGUGAUGAUGAUGAAGAAAAAGAAGAUGGCGAUGGUGCAUGGCUUCUAUUUACUUGGGUUUUUAUAAAAAGUAUAGUUAAGCCUAUUUUAAGUUACCACUUGGUUUUACGGUACCAGCGUUUUUUAUGGGUAUAUAUAUAAGUUAAAAUCUUGAAUUUAGAGGAUUUUGUUAUGGAACUUUUGAUCAAGCAAUGUGUUAGUUGCUGCACUUGAUGAUCACUGAGCUCUGUCUCUGGUUCAUAUUGUUUUCUUCUUUCUAUUGGGGUGUAUAUAGAACUUGUGGUUGCAGACCGGUUACAUUCCUUCUUUGUAUUGCUUGAAGAAAGGUUAAUAAUAUUGUUGUUCUUAAAA